AUGGAAUGUGAUCCACAUGACCAUGAUCUAAUGGAUAUUUCCGGGUGCAUGAAACAAACGAAUUCAGAGUCUGUUCAGAGUCAUUCAACAAGCUCUGUUCCAACUAAAAGCUUCUGUAUUGUAAACAGUCCGACUUUUACUAUCAAAUCAUCUGAGAAUCAUGCUUUCAAUAGUCGAGAUAACUGUCUAAAAUUGGAAAACAUACUGAUUGUUAUGGAGCAUUCGAGUUCAAUUAACUCCUUGGAAACCACCGCGAAGCAAAGUACAACUCCUACACAGAGUUUGAGCAACAUUCAGAUGUUUGUUCAACCAAAACAAAAUCAACGACCCUGCUAUGCAUCAGAUUUCAAGGAUAAGCCUCCACGGUAUAUUCGUGGGGUGCAUAAAGAACUCAAUCGAAAAACCUAUGAUUAUCCAGCUGUCAGAAUUCCAGACAACUAUCUCAAUUCUAAUCGGAUCUUCUACAUUCGUGUUUCGCUAGUGACAGUGGAGCUAGCAGACGGAAAUCGUUAUAUUCAUCCAUA